CCGACUGCUCAACUACUCACCGGAGUAUCGUGUACUGCUUGACUUGGAGGAAGAAAGACCAAGACAACCGGAUUUGAACAUGGCCGAGAUUACAAUACGCAAGCGGCCUCGGACGGAGGCGGUCGUUACUCAGCGCAAGUUCUUCAAGAAGACGGCGAGGGGCAAGGUCAUCAAGGUCCUUCGCGAACGGUACCUUCGUGACGAUGUUGCAUGCGGCAUUCACAGUUGCGGCCUUUGCGCGCAUGACGCAGAUGUUCUCUUGCCGUCCUCGGGUUCGCUAGAACACGCGUCAUUCAAGAACGGGCACUUCGUCUUACCUGACACCAACAUAUUCCUGUCCCAGAUGGAUUUAAUGGAAUCACCGCUCUUCAGCCCCCCAAUGAUACUAUUGCAGACGGUUUUAGAAGAAGUCCGCCACCGCUCAUUGCCUUUGUACAAUCGCUUGAAGGCAUUGGUCAAAGCCGAUGAUAAGAAAAUUUGGAUCUUCUACAAUGAGUACCGCUCGGAAACGGCCGUGAUUAGAGAGGAAGGGGAGUCCCCGAAUGACCGCAACGACAGAGGCAUCCGCAAGGCAACCGCAUGGUACAACAGCCAUCUUUCUCUCUCUCGCCCCCCUGUCCGAGGGCAAUCUCAGCCACCCUUGCCGCCGGUAGUUCUACUGACCGAUGACGUCGCGAACCGGCAAAAGGGAGAGAAGGAUGGCUUGACGUGCAUGUCCGUCCGUAAAUAUGUGGAGGGUAUGAAGGAAUCUGGGCAGCUGCUCGAUCUGCUCUCAGCUGCCGGUUCGGAGACCAUAGAGCCGACGCGAGCGGCCUCAAUUCGCCAAGCCCUGUAUCCCGAUUACCUUCCGACGGCAACAGUGCAGGCUGGGAUCAAGUCUGGUCAGCUGCACCAGGGCCAUUUCAACGCCAACCAGUACAAUUACUUGGAGGGCAACGUGUCCGUGCCUGCCUUUGAGAAGCCCGUACUACUCAUAGGCCGCGAACACAUGAACCGGGCCGUUCAGGGCGACGUUGUCGCGGUAGAAGUUUUUGACGAGAAGGACUGGAAAGCACCAGCCGACGAGGUCGUGGACCAAGAAGCCACGUUGAAAAAUGAUGAUGCCGAGGACUCCGAAGAAGAAGGCGAAGACGACGAGGCCCUUGCGGAGCGGAAGGUGCUACAGACGGAGCUCACGAAGCAGCUCACUUCUAGCAAGCAGCCCACGGGCCGCGUUGUCGGCAUCGUCAAGCGUAAUUGGCGGUCAUACGUGUGUCAUAUCGAUAGCACGUCCCUCACCUCCACGAAUCCUACGUCGCUUUCCCAGCAGACGGUCUUCGCUACUCCCGUUUCCCGCCUUCUCCCGCGCAUUCGCUUGCGCACACGCCAGGCGCCGGCGCUUAUAGGACAGAAGAUCCUGGUGACUAUCGAUCGGUGGGAGCGGACUUCGCGUUACCCCGAGGGGCACUUCGUCCGCGCGCUAGGCAAAGUCCAGAGCAAGGAGGCAGAGCAAGAGUCCCUACUGCUUGAGUUCGAUGUACCUUACAGGCCGUUCGGGAAGGCCAUUCUAGACUGUCUUCCGCCGGAGGGCGACAGCUGGGUCGUUCCGCCCAAGGCCGCGGCGGACCCCAACUGGCGAGACCGGGAGGAUUUGAGGGACUUGAUCAUUUGUAGUAUAGACCCUCCCGGUUGCCAAGAUAUUGACGACGCGCUGCACGCGCGCCGUCUCCCCAACGGGAACAUCGAGGCCGGCGUCCAUAUCGCCGACGUAUCGCAUUUUGUCCUCCCCGACACCCCAAUGGACAACGAAGCGGCGGCACGUGGCACGACGGUCUACCUCGUCGACAAGCGGAUAGACAUGCUUCCCGCGCUUCUUGGGACGAACCUGUGUUCUUUGCGGCCUCACGUGGAGCGACUAGCGUUCUCCGUCAUAUGGGAACUGUCCCCUGCAGCCGAGAUCGUGAACGUGCGCUUUACAAAAUCGGUAAUUGCCUCAAAAUCUGCGUUUACGUACGAGGAAGCCCAGAUUCGUAAGGACGACCCAAAGCAGACGGACGAACUCACGGAGAGCAUCCGGCUGCUCAAUGACCUCUCGCGGAAGCUCAGGCAGGGCAGGAUGGACGCGGGGGCGCUGAAUCUGGCCUCGCCGGAAGUCAAGAUCCACCUCGACAGCUCCGAAUCUUCCGAUCCCAUUGACGUGGAGCAGAAGGAGCAGCGGGAGACGAACAGCCUAGUUGAGGAGUUCAUGCUGCUUGCCAACAUCAGCGUGGCGGGGAAGAUCCAGGAGACGUUCCCACAGACCGCCGUCCUGAGGCGACACCUGCCUCCGCCCCGAACAAAUUUUGAGAAGCUGCAAGAUAUCCUCAAGAAACGCCGAGGCAUGAGCCUCGACGUUUCCAGCUCAGGAGCGCUGGCGGCGUCGCUGGACGAGUGCGUGGACCCCACCGAGCCAGCAUUCAAUACCCUCGUUCGCAUCAUGGCAACGCGCUGCAUGUUGUCGGCGGAGUACUUCUGCUCCGGCAGCGUGGGCCGGGAUACGUUCGGGCAUUACGGUUUGGCAAGUCCCAUUUACACGCAUUUUACGAGUCCCAUCAGACGCUAUGCGGACGUUUUGGCGCAUAGGCAGCUCUCCGCGGCGAUAGGGUACACUUCCUUACACGCGAGCCUGCAUUCGAAGUCACAUGUCGAGCGUGUGUUGGAGGUCGUGAACAAGCGGCACCGGAUGGCGCAGAUGGCCAGCCGAGCGAGCGUCGAGUUCUACGUCGGCCUGGCCUUGAAGGCGCGCAGCGAGAAGGAGACCGUCAUCGAGGACGCUUUCGUUAUUCGGACGUUCAGAAACGGCCUCGGGGUCUUCGUUUCCAGAUUGGGCCUCGAGGGACUCGUGACGUUCAAGCGCGAGAUACAGUUCGAUGCCGACAACUACACGAUCACGAUCCCGUCGGGCGACCAGGACGUGGCGAUCUCGGUGUUCGACAAGAUCAAGGUCAGAGUCGACGUCGAGCAGGACAAGAACACUCAGCGCGGGCGGGUCGUCAUGUCGCUCUCUCACCCCGUAGAUUCACGCGGCAUGUAGGGUUGCUGUAGCACAUUGGCUGCCUAGUGCGUGCGAUAGUCACAUUUGCCGCCGUGCUCGUGGCCUCCGUCCGAUGUCCG